AUGUCUGAAGACCGAGUGACGGGCCACGAGCGCAUCGACUACGAUUUUGUGCACGAGAAGCUAAGCUACGACGCAGGAGUCUACUAUCAGCCUUGUGUCAAGGUCUCUCUCUACUUCAAGAAACUGCCCAACGUCUCCUGGGAGCACUUUUCCAAGCAUUGGGCCACAGUACAUGCAGACAUCACUGUUUCGUCAGAAACAUUCAAGGAGCACGGUUGUCUGCGCUAUGUACAGCAUCACCAAAGUGCCGAAGACAAGGAAUGGGUGAAGAAAUGCGGCCAUAGCCUUCUCGAUUAUGACGGCUGCACCUCGCUCUGGUUCAAAACCUGGGAAGCCUACUAUGGUUUCCUGCACAGCCCCGGUUAUAAAAAGAUCGGCCCUGACUGCGCAUACUUUCUCGACACAUCCACCAUCGUUGUUUUUGCAGGGGCUCACCUCGACAUCAUCAAACCAGCAUUAUCAGAUCAACCCAUCAAUGGAGCCAUGAGCUCUAUCUUCGGAGAUCAGUCUUCAGCUCCUCAGCCUGAAGCUGCAAAUGAGCCGGCUCCGGCUCCCUGCUCAGGUGUACAGAAUUCAAUCUUCGGAGAGGGACCUUCUCCUGCUGAGCCCAAGCCCAAGAAUAAACCAGCCCCAGUCCUCACAACAAACAAGGCUACGGCCGAGCCCCGACCCGACAAGUUCAACUUUAACAACGAGCCCUUCAUCCUCAAUCUAUUCUGUCACCUUAGAAAUGACGAUGUCAAUCUCAUCAUCAGACGCAACCAGGGGGGCACCGCGAACAAGACCAUCAAGUCAGCCAGGAACAGGCUGCGACUUUCUGAGACCUGUUACUGGCUUGAUCUCAACCUGAAGCCACCACAGCCCGCUCCAGUCGAGGAAGUCGUGGCCGCUUGUAUUUUGGAGGCGAUCAGUGUGCCCAAGGCAAAGCAUGAGAUUGAGAACCUCAUCCAAACCAGUGCCCUUCGCUUCCUCUUACAGCCCCUCCUGAGCUGA